AUGGAAGAAAACGAUAAUCAAAUAGGCCAGGCGCAGCAACCUCAACCAGUAUCGAUUCAAUUACCUCCAGUUAAGGAAUUUGAUCCAAAAGGAGAUCCUUCCACGGUAAGUCAAAGAUGGCAAAAAUGGAAGAAAUCGUUCGUUUAUUUUCUGAAUGCAACAGGUAUUCAAAAUGAUAGCCAAAAGAGGGCAGCACUUUUGCAUCUUGUAGGAGAUGAAGUGCAAGACAUAUUUGAAACAUUAGGUGAGGUAGGCACAACAUAUGACCAGGCAGUAAAUAAGUUAGAUAGUCAUUUUGAUAUCAAGAAAAAUAUUCCAUUUGAAAGAUGUGUAUUUCAUGAAACAGGUCAAGAAACAGGAGAGAACAUAGAUUCAUAUGUCACUAGGUUGAAAAAGUUAAUCAUUCAUUGUGAAUAUGGUGAUGCAACACAAGAUGAGAUAAGAGAUCAAGUAAUAGCAAAAUGCAAAUCAAGUAAGCUUAGAAAAAGAUUGCUACAAGAGCCAGAUCUCACAUUAGAUAAAGUUCUAAGAAUAGGAAAGCUCAUGGAACAAUCAGACCUUCAGACAAAGAAGAUAGAACAACAAAAUGGUGCAGGCUCAUCAGCUGACACAAUGAAAGAAUCUUUCUCAGACCUGAAUAAAAUAAGGCCAAAUAAAUACCAGCACAAAGGUAGGCAAGCAAACAGAAAUCAAAAAUACACUCAACAAAGGGAACAAUGUGGAAGAUGUGGAAUGAAGAAUCACAACAGUAAAGACUGUAGAGUGACAAAAGGAAAAAAGUGCAUGAAAUGUGGAAUUAUGGGACACUUUGCAAAAUGCUGCAAGACCAAAAAUCCAAAGAAACCAGAAAAUCAUCAAGUAAGAGCAAGUAAAGUCACAACAGAAAGUUCAAGUGAUGAUGAAACAUCAGUAUUCAAAAUUGGAAGCAAGGAAAGACCAGUAUAUCCAGUCUAUAUAGAUGGCACACCAAUAAAUAUGCUCAUUGACAGUGGAUCAACAUUGAACAUCAUUGAUGAGAUAUCAUUUCAGAAAUUGCCAAAAAAACCACAACUUGAAAGCAGCAAGACUAAGAUAUUCACUUAUCUAGGCAAAGAACCAUUGAAACUAAAAGGAACAUUCAGAGCAAAAGCUGAAGCAUUUGGGAAAGAAACCCAAGCAAAAUUCUAUGUCACAAAAGGUUCAGGGGGAGCAUUGCUAGGACAAAAGACAGCAGAAAAGCUUGAUAUUUUAAGAGUAGGCCCAGUUCUAGGUUCUAAAGCAGAUCCAACAAAUUCACUUCACAAAUCAGUAAAUGAAAUCAGUCAAGAAAAGCCAACUGAACACAAAAUAGAUCCUAAGAUUCAGAAAGUUCUGGACAACAACAGAGAAGUAUUUGAAGGCAUGGGUAAAUUCAAAGACUACAAGUUAAAACUACAUAUUGAUGAAAAUGUCAUUCCUGUUCAGCAGCCAAUCAGAAGAUUACCAUAUCAUACAAGAAAGAAAGUUUCUGCAGAACUAGAAAGAUUGUUGAAAAAUGACUGCAUAGAGAAAGUUAAAGGCCCAAGUACCUGGAUAAACCCAAUAGUAGUAGUACCAAAGCCAAAUGGAACCAUAAGAUUAUGUUUAGAUAUGAGAAGAGCCAAUGAAGCCAUAGUAAGAGAAAGACACCAGAUUCCAAAAGUUGAAGAAAUCCUCCCAGAGUUGCAUAAUGCAAAAUACUUUUCAAAGAUUGAUUUAAAAGAAGGGUACCACCAACUAGAGUUAGCAGAGGAAUCAAGGCACAUAACAACAUUUCUAACACAUGAAGGUUGUUUUCAAUCAAAACGUCUUGUGUAUGGAGUCAGUUCAGCCUUUGAGCAGUUUCAGAAGGUUAUUGAGCAAAGCAUUGCAGGUUGCCCAGGCACAAGGUCAAUAUCAGAUGACAUUCUGAUAUGGUCAUCGAGUAGAGAUGAAAUGGCAGAGCGUCUUGACACGCUAUUCAAAGCAUUGCAUGCCAGAAACUUAAAGAUCAAUCCAAAGAAAUGUGUAUUUGGAACAACAAAGCUCACAUUUGCAGGAUAUUGUCUGACAGACAAAGGAAUUCAUCCAGAUAAAUCCAAAGUGGAUGCAGUCAACAAUGCCAAAGUCCCAACAAAUGCAACAGAAGUAAGAAGUUUCCUAGGUCUAGUCAACUUUUGUUCACACUUCAUCAAAGACUAUGCUACACUUACGGAACCUCUGAGGAAACUCACCAGAAAGGAAACUACAUUUGCAUGGAACAAGGAACAACAAGCAAGUUUCACAAAGUUAAAGGAAAGCCUUACAAAUGCAAGCACAAUGGCUUAUUACCAGCCUCAUGCAGACACAAAAGUUAUUGUAGAUGCUUCACCAGUAGGACUAGGAGCAAUCCUUACUCAAAAACAACAAGAUGGACAAUUCAAGCCAGUUGCUUAUGCAUCACAUGCAUUAAGCCCAACAGAACAAAGAUAUUCUCAGACAGAAAGAGAAGGCUUAGCCGCAUUUUGGUCAACACAGAAGUUUCAUUACUAUUUGUAUGACAGAGAAUUUACAAUAGUAACUGACCACAAACCACUUGAAAAACUAUUAUCAGCAAGAGGAAGCCCUACACCAAGACUGCAAAGAUGGUUACUAAAAAUGCAACCAUACAAGUUCACUGUUCAAUUUGAACCAGGACACACAAAUGCAUCUGAUGUACUAUCUCGUUCACCUUUACCAGCUACAGGAGAAAAGUUAAGUGAUGAUACAGAACAUUUCAUCAACUCAAUUGUUUAUGAUGCUAUUCCUAAAUCAGUCACAAUAGAGGAAAUUCAAGAAAUAUCAAGAAAUGAUGAAAUAUUGAAAAACAUCAAAGAACAGAUCAAAUCAGAGAAAUGGUCAAAAAGUCCACAAUACAAACCAUAUUUUCUGAACCGGAGAGACCUCUGGAUCAAAGAUGAUAUUAUUUUAAAAGGCACAAAGCUAAUAAUUCCCACAGAUCUAAGACAAAGAAUACUUGCCACAGCACACCAACAUCACUUAGGCAUUGUGAAAACUAAAGGAUUACUUAGAGAAAAAGUAUGGUGGCCAGGAAUAGAUCAAGAAGUGGAAAACUUGAUAAAACAUUGCCAUGCAUGUCAAGUAACAGGAUCCAAUAAAGUCAAUUUUGAACCACUUGAGGUAACAAAGAUACCCUCAACAAAUUGGCACACAGUAGCUUUGGACAUUCAAGGACCAUAUCCAACAAAGGAUUACUUAAUAGCACUCAUAGACUACAGAUCAAGAUACCCAGUAGUUGCACAAGUCAAAACUAUCAACACAAAGACGGUAAUCAAAGCAUUGGAUAAGAUAUUUUCUAUGUUUGGUUACGUGCACAAAUUAGUUGCUGACAAUGGAAAACAGUUCAUUUCAGACGAAUUCAAACAAUCACUCAAAAAGGCAAAUCAAUGUGCACACGCAGAAGGAAAAGAUUGGAGAGAAGAGCUGAACAAGUUUCUACUUCUCUACAGAACAACCCCACAUGCAACAACAGGACAGUGCCCAGCUACAGUAUUUUUUGGACGUGGUAUCAAGAAUGACAUACCAGAAUAUGCAAAGGAUGAAUCACAAGACACAGAAUUAGAUAGGAAAGACAGAGAAAAGAAAGGAAAAAUGAAAAAUUACACAGACAUCAAAAGGAAUGCAAAAGACAGUGAAAUUCAGGAACAAGACACAGUGCUAGUAAAGAAUCUCUGGAAAAAUGACAAAUUAUCUCCAAAUUGGUUAAAUGAGAAAUUCAAAGUCAUCAAGAUCUACAGGAAAAGUGCUUUACUAGAGAAUGAAAGAGGAAACAAAUUUUACAGGAACAAAGCUCAUCUCAAGAAAUACAAUGAGAGUGAAUCAAACAGACAAACAGUACCUCAAAAGGAGAACACACACAACACAGAUGAAGAGGAAGACAUCUUAGCAGAGGAACUCUUAAUUGACAAUGCGCAAAAUGUCGCAAGGCCAACGCGUUCCGAGCGCAGACCGAAUAGAGCAAUCACUAAUGCUAAUGACGCCAAUAACACUCCACACUUAAAUGAAAACAAUAAUUCUAGUUUGCAUGAAAGUGAUAAUGCUGACAUGCAUCAAAAUAGUGAAAAUAGGUUUAAGGAAGGAAUUGUUGAGGAUCAUUGGAAUAAACAAAGCAAUGAAGACAUACAAGAAGAUAUUGGCAACAGAACACCAGUUUUUGUACCAGAUUCUGUUCCAACAGCCAUUCAAGAACAAGUACAAGUGAAGAAAUUUCCAAUAAGAAGGAGUCGUAAGAAGAAAAACUGA